AUGGCCUACUGGCAUGACCGUCCUGCGACCGGCGGCGGCGCGCCUGCUUCCUACAUGGCGGCCAUAGUCUACUAUGGCCUGCUACUGACCCUCCUCCUCCGCGUCACCGCUGCCUUGCAGUCCGUUCCCGGGUCCCCUUGCGAAUCUGUCUGCGUCGAUGCAGGCUCCCUCGAACAAGACAUCGUCUGCCUCGACGCUGAUUACCAGUCCCUCCCCUCGGGUCGAGCGUUCCAGAAGUGCGUGGCAUGUCAGUUGAACAGCACGGCGGUAGAUACGGCGAGCAAUGAUACGGAUGUAGAAUGGGCAUUGCUGGCCCUUCGUUACACACUCGCUGGGUGCAUGUUUGCCAUCCCCGAGGACCAUAUCUCGAUCAGCAGUCCAUGUCAGGUCAGCUGUGCACCCCUGAACGCCUCGAUCGGAUACCGCAUUACAAACGACAGCUCGACCGCCCAGCCGGGGAACGACUUCUGUACCGCCUACCCUUUUGACGACUACACAAUCAACCGGUGUGCUACAUGUUAUAGCUUCAUCCCGCAGCAGUUGUACCAGGCAAACUUUUUACAAGCUCUCCACAUCGCCUGCCGCCAACCCCCCGAACCGGGCAAACCGUUCUUCCCGGAUGCAGAGUCCAUCUUCAACGAGACGCUGAUCGCUGGGCCGGCACCGCCGUCCAACAACACGGGUGGCCACGGCGGGCUGCACGGCUGGAAACUGGCGCUGGCCAUCGUGCUCCCGAUCGUCGGCGGCAUCAUCCUCAUCUCGGGCACGUGCUGGGGUUGCUUCAUGUUCACGCGCAAACGUCGCCAGUGGAUGGCCCAGACGGGUCGCAUGAGCCGCGUCCACGACGCACACGCCGACAGCAUGUAUUCGCCCAUGUCCGCCAAAGCCGAGGCCUGGAAAGCCGAGGAUCUCCCCUGGGGCGUGGCGGAGCCGCCGCGGGAAAUGCACGCCAUCAGCCCGACGGUGCUGCACGCGAAGCAUCCAAGCCCCGGCGUGGCGCAAGGCAGAUGGAGCCAUCAGACCGGAGGAACAGGAGGAUCGGAGCAGAACACGCCCCUGAGAGGCAGUUUUCAGCAAGACUCGGUCGGGCCCGGUCUUGAACAGGUCCGAGAUCCAAAUCUUCAUGAUCAGUAUUUUGGCGUUGGCGAGGAAGUGGACGACUUACCCGGCCCGAGUGGUGGACACGAGUAUUAUCCGGAGCAUCAGCAGCAUGGACUCGGACAGCUCCGCAUGCCUGAUGAUGAACGCGGCAACUUUAUAUGA